AUGGGCAGGUGUUGGGGACACCUCGAGGCCAGGUCGAGUUUGGCAGGGCUGCGGCAGGACCACGAGCGGAGCCGGGCAGUGCUGUGCCAGGCAGGUCCCGCGAAAAGGACUGCACGUCCAAGCGCGGCGGUGGGACGCGGGGCUGGACAGGCUGAGGCCACCGUCCCACUGCCGGAGGGUGCCCGUCCCCGUGGCCGUGCCCACAUCGUGGCCGUGGCUGUGCGCCGGGAGCCGAGCCUGGCACCCGGGAGUCCCCCCGCCCGGCCCGCCCUGUCCGUCCCCCCGGGCUCCGGUUUCCCUGUCGGCAGAUGCUUUCGCAGCCCCGUCCCUCCUCCUCCUCCUUCUCCGGAGCAGCCUCCGCGCCGCGCUCCAGCCGCCCGGAGUUGCCUGCCCAGCCCAGCCCAGCCCAACCCAGCCCGGCUCGGCCCGGCCCCGCCGGCCGCGUUGCCCGCCCGGCCCGGCCCGGCGGAGUGAGGCACCGGGCACCCACCCGCCGGGGCCCCGACCAGACCCUAGGGGCAGCCCGGCUCUCCGCGGGUGGCGCGGAGCGGGUUCGACGCUUCUCUCAGCCCUGGCAGGAUGCUGCCUUCUUCCCGGACCCAGCUGGGGCUCUUCUUCAUCCUCCUCUGCCCCGCCAAUAUCAUCGGGCUCUGGUGGGCAGUGGGGAGCCCCCUGGUCAUGGACCCCAACAGCAUCUGCCGCAAGACAAAGCGGCUGGCGGGCAAGCAGGCGGAGCUGUGCCAGCUGGAGCCAGAGAUUGUACAGGAGGUGGCCAAGGGCACCAAGCUGGGCGUCCGGGAGUGCCAGUACCAAUUCCGCUUCCGCCGCUGGAACUGCACCAGCCACAGCAAGUACUUCGGCAAGAUCUUACAGCAGGAUAUCCGUGAAACAGCCUUCGUGUAUGCCAUCACGGCGGCCGGGGUGAGCCACGCCAUCACACAGGCCUGCAGCAUGGGAGAGCUGCUGCAGUGCGGCUGCGAGCUGACACGGAGCCGGACUCCUCCCUCCCCCACGGCGGGUCCGGGCACGGAGGGCACGGCCUGGGAGUGGGGGGGCUGUGGGGACGAUGUGCAGUUCGGCUACGAGAAAUCCCAGCAGUUUAUGGAUGCUAAGAACAAGAAAGGCAAAAAUGACAUCCGAGCUCUUAUCGACCUGCACAACAACGAAGCUGGGCGCUUGGCGGUGCGCAGCUACAUGAGGACAGAGUGCAAAUGCCACGGGCUGUCGGGCUCCUGCACCCUGCGGACCUGCUGGCGGAAGAUGCCCCAUUUCCGCGAGGUGGGGGACCGCCUGCUGGAGCGCUUCAAUGGGGCUUUCAAGGUGAUGGGAGGGAACGAUGGGAAAACCCUCAUCCCUGUGGGUGACAACAUCAAGCCCCCUGACAAGCAGGACCUCAUCUACUCUGCUGACUCGCCUGAUUUCUGCUCAGCUAACCGUAAGACAGGCUCACUGGGCACCCGGGGCCGUGUCUGCAACAGCACAGCCAUGGACACGAGUGGGUGCGACCUACUGUGCUGCGGGCGAGGGCACCGGGAUGAGACAGUGGUGUUGGAGGAAAACUGCCUAUGCCGCUUCCACUGGUGCUGCGUGGUGCAGUGCCGCAAGUGCUCCGUCCGUCAGGAGCUCAGCCUCUGCGUCUGACAGCCUGGGGUCAGCCAAGGACAAUUUGGGGGGCACACCUCCAGGCUCACGCAGCCCCUCUGGGACAGAGACACGUGGAGCCAGUGGCAGGGACAGUGUGGGUGAGCCCAGCUCUGUGCUCUGGGGAGUCCUGGCUUCCCCAGAGGACAUUGUGGGGCUGCCUGGCAUCCCCACAGCCCCCGUGGUGGGGGCUGUGGGCACAGAGCUUCCACUAAUAAAGCUAUUUAAAACUGG